AUGAGUGACAAAACCACUCACGUCCAGGAUGAGGUCCUCCGACAAAGCCUAGCAGACCCUGAGGGCUUCUGGGCUCACCAGGCCGAGCACCUCCACUGGCACAGAAAGCCCAGCACGACGCUGACGCAGAGCACAAAGACCCUCAAAGACGGCACUCCCCACCCGGAAUGGGCGUGGUUCCCAGAUGGCGAGAUAUCGACAUGCUACAACUGCGUGGAUCGACACGUCCUGGCAGGACGUGGAGACGAGCCUGCGAUUUACUGGGACAGCCCCGUGACAAAGUCGAAGCAGAAGAUCACGUACCGGCAGCUGCUCGAAGACGUCGAGGCUCUAGCUGGGGCGCUCAGGGAAGAAGGCGUCAAGAGAGGCGACGUGGUCAUGCUGUACAUGCCCAUGAUCCCAUCGGCUUUGGUUGGGAUUCUAGCCAUCAACCGCCUCGGCGCCGUCCACUCUGUCGUCUUUGGAGGGUUCGCGCCCAACGCACUCGCACAGAGAAUCGAUGCAUGCCAGCCAGUUGCCCUGCUGACGGCGUCCUGCGGAAUCGAGGGUAACAAACCCCCGACACCGUAUCGGCCGCUCGUCGAGGAGGCUAUCCAGCUCGCCACGCACAAGCCCAGCCGGACCAUCAUCUGGCAGAGAGACGCAACCAGAUGGGCUCCCGUGGACCGUUCACAAGGCCAGAGGCCCUGGCAGAAGCUCGUCAGGGGUGCCAAGGCGAGGGGCGUCAAGGCGGAGUGUGUGCCCGUCAAGGGCACCGACCCCGUCUAUAUCAUCCACACCUCUGGGACGACAGGCUCGCCAAAGGGUGUCGUCCGCGACGCAGGUGGCUACGCAGUGGGACUGCACCUGUCCAUCGCGUACCUCUUCAACAUCCACGGCCCUGGCGAUGUCAUCUUCACGGCUUCGGACAUUGGGUGGGUCGUCGGCCACUCGUACAUCAUCUACGCACCACUGCUCGCGGGCGCUGCGACGGUGCUCUACGAGGGGAAACCCGUCGGGACGCCAGAUGCUUCGGCGCUCUGGCGCAUGGUCGAAGAGUACAAGGUCUCUGCGCUGUUCACGGCACCGACAGCGCUCCGAGCCAUCAAGCGUGAUGACCCUGACAACAAACACUUCCACCAGAUCGGCGAGCGAGGCGGCCUCAAGUCGCUCAAGGCGCUCUUCCUCGCCGGAGAGCGGUCCGAGCCCACCAUCAUAUCCAUGUACCAGGAGCUUCUCGAGAAGCACGGCGCGCGCGAUGCCCAUGUCGUCGACAACUGGUGGUCCACCGAGUCCGGCUCGCCCAUGACGGGACGCGCCCUCGUCCCGCACACAGGACACCACCGCCAGCACGCGACGCGCGACCACCCGCCCAUCGCCCUCAAGCCUGGCAGUGCCGGCAAGCCCAUGCCUGGCUUUGACAUCCGAGCCGUCGACGACGAGGGGAACGAGGUUGGGCGCGGGUCCAUGGGUAAUAUUGUGCUCGCCACGCCGCUCCCGCCCACGGCCUUCCGAACACUGUGGCGCGAGGAGGCGAGGUUCUACAAUGGGUACCUGAAGCGCUUCAGGGGUCAGUGGCUGGACACGGGGGAUAGCGGCUAUGUCGACGAGGAGGGCUACGUGCAUGUCAUGAGUCGCAACGACGAUGUGCUCAACGUCAGCGCGCAUCGACUGUCAAGCGGAGGCAUUGAGCAGGCAAUUGCCUGCCACCCUUCCGUGGCCGAGUGCUGCGUUGUCGGUAUCCCCGACUCCCUCAAGGGUCAGCUACCGUUUGCGUUUAUCACACUCUCCUCGGAGCCACACCCAGCCUCUGUCAUGCCGACAACGGAAUUAUUCGCCGAGAUCCAGGAUCUCAUUAGAAAACAGGUCGGUCCAAUUGCCACGCUUGGUGGCAUCAUCCAGGGCAAGGGCAUGAUCCCACGCACGCGCUCCGGCAAGACACUCAGACGGGUCCUGCGAGAGCUUCUCGAGAAUGGAUCGCAGGGCGAGUUCAAGAAGGAGGUGGGUGUGCCGAGCACAGUCGAGGAUAGGGGCGUCGUGGAGGUGGCAAGGACCCGUGUGGAGGAAUACUUCAAGGAAAAGGGGGCGACGCACAAGGCCAAGUUGUGA